GAUUAAUUUUUCUCGUCUAAUAAUAAGAGGAAAAGUUUUUCUUGUGCUCUGAUUGAUUGGGUUUCACUUUUGUAUCAAUAUUGUAGGUUACAAUGAUUAGUUAAUCAAGUUAAUCAUGUUGAUUAAGGUUAACCUAGCCCUAGGUAACUAAUUCAAAUCAAAACAAUAACCAUAGGGAAUAUUGAUUAAAAGGUAUUACAUUUGUAUUUGCUUUUCAUUGGUGAUCAAUGAAAGACAAUUUAAAAUUUUUGCUACUAAUAAGUAAUAGUUGUUAAUUAUAAUGUUUAAUCAUGGGCUCAAAUUGGCAGGAAUCAGUGAGGACAAUUGAUACAAUUGAAGAAUCGAUUUCACCAAAAUUAAAGCAGCAAUUGCAACAACAACAAGAUGAGAUUAAGAAAAUUCAACAUUGGCAUCGGAUUCUUGACCUGAUUAUCUUGAUUAGUGCAACAAUCGGUUGUAUCUAUCAGACUAUUUUGGUUACCGCCGUUUACCUUGAGCAACAAGUGAUUACCGAUAUAAGAAUUCAAUUCUCGGAAGUGGUCAGAAUUCCCGAUCUAUCGAUUUGCCUUUAUUUUUACAAUUUCGUUGACUAUCAUCGGUUAAAAGCUCGAGCACCGAAAAUAUUUUCCCGUUUAAAGAUACAAUUCCCUUUGGUAAACAAUCAAAGUCAAUUCAAUGAAUGGAAAUUUUCAUCUGAUGCAAUAACCUUUCUGACCAUUGAAUUUUCCCGUUUGACCAUUAAACAGAUGAUGGAAAUGAUGCCCGAUACCGAACAAUUAAUCGCCAAAGUAAUACCAACACUUCGUCAAAUUGACCUGGUAAACAACAUGAACAUCGAUGAACUAAACGAUUGCCUUGUAAACACAUCGGUUAAAGAGCCAUACAUAUGUAUGACGAUUAAUUGUCCAAUUUUAUCGGUUCGACAAUUACAACAAAAAGAUCUCGAACUGACCAAAUACCUUGGAACGAUAGUAUCGAUCUACUUUAACCACGAACUAUUUGUAACCACGGAAGAGUAUUAUGUUUACCUUCACCCGACGGGGACACUUCCCUAUGGUAAUCAAAUGUCCUCGGUGACAAUUGUCAACGAGGGAAGUGCCCAUAAGUUUUUCAUUGAAUACAAAGGUUUCGAGGCGAACCUUUUACCUUCACCUUAUACAACCAAUUGUAAAAAUUAUUCGCAAGUUGGUUUCAAGUCACAAGCUCACGCACUUGAAACUUGUCGCAACAACGUUUCCCUUGAACGCUUUGGCUGUGGAUUUUAUUCCGAUGUGAUGCCAACAGGUUCCAAUGCAAAACUGGCCACUUCCGAUUAUUAUCUCAACUAUGAUGAUCCAAAACGGCGAAAGUUAAUCAAUGAGAUUUACGAUAAUUGUAGUAAAAUUUACCCGGAACCCGAUUGUAAGCAGAAAUAUUUUGUCCCAAGGAUUCAGAAAGUCGCUCGAAUCGAUUCAUCUUUCACCAUAAUCUGCCUAUCGUUUCCCACCGAGCCCGAUAUAACCAAUACUUGUCUACCCAAGUUACCACUUUUCGAGUAUCUUAUUUACAUUGGUUCAAUUCUUGGAACUUGGUUCGGCUUUAGUAUACUCGAUUCGGCGCCCAUGAUUUUCAAAGGUCUAUUUGACUUUUGUCGAGUUCUAACCUCAUCUAAACCCGCCAAGGGACACAUUCUAAGAAAUGAGAGUAACAGUAAUUCAACUCGUCAGGCCAAGUUUAGGGAACGACGUUCAAGCUCAGCUUCUUGGAGAAAGUUCAGAACUUCAAUGAAAUCGGUGAAAAAAAUUCGACCCCAUGUUGAAUCUCAAGUAUUUUCACUUGAUCGUAAUGAUUACAUGAGAAGAUGAUGAUUAGCUAAUUGUGAUUAAACUCAUUUUCUAUUAUUAUUAUUCUAAUCAAUUCAUUUUCUUUUCAUCCAAUUGAUCAUCUUAAUUGCUACAAAUUUAUUAUUCCAAGUUAAUGUCAAGGUUAAUUAACUGAUUGUUACCACAACUAAACAACUAUUUAAUUUGCUGUUUCUUUAAUCACUCCUUCAGAUUUGACCUUAAUUGGAUCAUAAUUGAUUGUUAUCAAUUAUGUACAUAAAUAAAUUAUUAUUAUAUGAUUAGUGUAACAAUCAAUGUAAUUAAAAACAUUGUUUCUAAUUGUUGACUAACUUUCCUUAUAAAUUAUCAUGCCAUCAGCAAUGACAAUUAAAUUACAAUCAAUUUCAGUCACAAUCAAUAUCUAAAUUUGAUUCAACUGUUAAUUGUUGAUUUGAAUUUUUUAAUUUUCUUUCAAAUAAUCCAAACAAUUAACAUUGAAUUUCAGUAAUGUUGAGACAAACAAUCAACUAAUUGUUCAAAGUGAUAUUCAUUUAGAUAAUUAAUUCUAGUUAUUAUUUAAUUUCCAGAAUUUAAAUUGUAUUAAUAGUUAGUUAACUAUAUUUCCAAGCUAAAUUGUAAUUAAAAGUUUGCUGGCAUUUUGUUGUUA